CAAACAUGAUAACGAGACAUGUGAACAGCUGAUCAACCAACGACCUUUCAGGGACCUUUCCCUAACCAAAAAUUUUAAAGGACAUCCAACUUAUCAUUUAGACUAACACAGAGCCCCCACAACGCAAGAUGUUACCCAGCUGUGCUAGAACUUUUGGCAAGAAAGCCCUAACCCAGAAUAAAGCCUUGGGUUUGAUCUCGGCCAAGAGCAAUUACGCGACUGAGGCCCCCUUUGAGACAAAAGCCUUUCGUUUACACAACCUAGAGCAGGGCCCAGCAACAAACACGACCCUAAGCCGCGAUGACGCCCUUUUGUACUACAGACAAAUGCACACCGUCCGCCGGAUGGAAACCAGUGCCGGCAACUUGUACAAAGAAAAAAUAAUCAGGGGCUUUUGCCACUUAUAUUCCGGUCAGGAAGCGGUCGCUGUUGGCAUUAAAGCGGCGCUGCGCCCCCACGACGACGUCAUAACGGCGUACCGGGCCCACGGCUGGAGCCACUUGAUGGGGGUGAACCCCCUGGGGGUCCUCGCCGAGCUCACGGGCCGGCAGUCGGGGUGUGCCCGCGGCAAGGGGGGCUCCAUGCACAUGUACACCAACCAUUUCUACGGAGGCAACGGCAUUGUGGGGGCGCAGGUGCCGCUAGGCGUGGGGCUAGCCCUAGCUGCGAAGUACAAGGGCACGGAUGGGGUCUGUGUGGCGUUGUACGGGGACGGGGCUGCCAACCAGGGCCAGGUGUUCGAGGUCUUCAACAUGGCUAAGUUAUGGGACAUUCCGUGCAUUUUCGUCUGCGAAAAUAAUGGGUAUGGGAUGGGGACUAGUGCGGCCCGGGCGGCUGCAAAUACAGCGUAUUAUACCCGAGGGGACGUUAUUCCGGGAAUAUGGAUUGAUGGGAUGGAUGUUCUGGCGGUGAGGGAGGCGGCGAAGUUUGCAGUGGACCAUUGCACGUCAGGGAAAGGGCCUAUACUUCUGGAAGCCGCCACCUACAGGUACUCGGGUCAUUCAAUGUCAGAUCCAGGGACGAGUUACCGGACACGUGAAGAAAUCCAAGAAGUGCGUCAAACACGUGAUCCGAUUACCUCAUUCAAAGAGAAAAUUAUCACGGCUAAUCUCGUGUCCCCUGAAGAAUUAAAGGCAAUUGAUACGGAAAUUAGGAGCACUGUUGAUGAAGCAACGAAAAAAGCCAAAGCGGAAAAGGAAAUUCCCUUAGAAGAACUGACUGCUGAUAUUUAUUCCCUAGAUUUAGAAAAACAAAUCAGAAACAUUGAUCCUUUUAAUCCACUGCCACACAAGCGCAUUGGGGAAGCGGUUAAUUUCAAGUAAGAUGGGGAGUUUGCUCGUGUGUGCAACUUUAUAAUUUAUUAAUUUUACGAAACCGCCGAUUGUAUAUACAUUUAGUACCGAUUUUACUUUAAGUUUAUCCAAACGUAUGGUGCCAUUGUGAUCACAACCAUAGGUCAUUAAAAUUAUGUAAAUAUGA